CGUCACUUAAUUACUCGGAAAGUACGUAGAUUGGAUUUGGGACGGUUCUUUUUCUUUUGGCGGAACAGAGUGGCGGAUCAAUUUGUAUUCUGACAACAACAACAAUUGCGACCGACUACACCCUCGAAAAACCUCUCAAGCAGACAGACUUACUCAUACAAAUACACGCACUGUCACAUCUCCAGCAUCACCACCGCCCACCAUGCCCCGCUCCGCAACCCUCAACCGCGAUACCAACGAGACCAAGAUUCAAAUCUCCCUCAAUAUCGACGGCGGCGAGCUUCUGCCCUUCGAGCAAUCAGACUUUUGGGACAAGAUCGAUGCUGCCAACAAUGCCGCAUCCACCAAUGGCGAGGUGAAAGACCACGCCGCGCAAGCUUCCAAGUCGCAAACCAUCAACGUCGACACCGGCAUCGGCUUCCUCGACCACAUGCUGCAUGCACUUGCAAAACACGGAGGUUGGAGCUUGAGGAUCAGGUGUAAAGGCGAUUUGCACAUCGACGACCACCACACCGCCGAAGACACCUGCCUCGCACUCGGCACCGCCUUCAAGAACUCCCUCGCCAACUCCACAGGCCUCACCCGCUUCGGCUACGCCUACGCACCCCUCGACGAGGCCCUCUCCCGCGCCGUCAUCGACCUCUCCAACCGCCCCUACUUCGCCUCUAACAUGGACACUUGCUUCCGCCGCGAGAAGGUCGGCGACCUCAGCACCGAGAUGAUCGGCCACUGCCUCGCAAGCUUCGCGCAGAACGCCGCCGUCACGCUGCACGUCGACGUCUUGAAGGGCGAGAACGACCACCACAGGGCGGAGAGCGCGUUCAAGGCCCUGGCGAUCGCGAUCAGGCAGGCUACUACUGUUGUGCAGAAGUGGGAGGGCGAGGUCAGGAGUACUAAGGGUGUUUUGUAUUGAACGAGUGACGAAUGUUGGUAGAUUCGAUAUUGAAUGUCAAGGGUUAAGAAAUACUAUUGUUGUCGACUACGUUCGUAGUGGCAAUGCAAUGGAUGACGGUGUUCUGUUUAGACGGUACUAUAUCAAUCAUAGAAAAAAUGAUCUUAUUCAAAACGAUAUGGAAGGAAUGAAUGGUUACAUUGUCCGAUGAGUUCCGUGACUCACGUAUAAGAUCAUCAGGGAAGCAUGGGAAAGUUCAGGCGGAUAACGGAAUUGGUAUUGUCAGGCUUAUUUAUAUACAGAAUCUUUCUUUUCUAUUCCUUUCCUCUGGGGUCGGAACUCCCUGUUGGUUGGAUAUUUCCAUCCUUCUAAUUCCGUCCCUCCAAGAACCCAUUGAUGAAGUUCUUGGGUAGAUGGG